AAUGCAUGUACAUAUUAUGCAGAUCGAUAAUAGGCGGCUGAUACACAGCGACCUGGCGAGGAUGACAUCACACUGCAUGCAUGCUGUUGUAGCGGCCAUAUUCACGGAAUAACAUGUAUGAUAUCUGUGUCUGAUUGAAAAGAUGCCUGUGUUGUAAUGACCCUAAUCACAGAGUAGUGCUCAAAACGUCAUUUUUUCAAGCGCCCAUUGUUGUCCGGGGAGAAGUAAAUUAUCUGGCUAUUUUUACACGGGAGUCAACGAACAAGAAUUUCUGUAUGUUUCAUGGAUUUUAUCGUAAUUACUGGAUGUUUUCAAUCGAUUUAAGAAUAUAAACUUGACCAAUGAAGGAUUCUUUUCAACGAAACAUAUGAUAUUGAAAGUUGGACACGACUGAGAGAGGAAAGUGAAUGAAUACGAUCUGACGCAUCGAUCCGAAUUUCCUCGCCAUGGCGUCUCAUACACCGGAUUACUAUCUAAGAGAAUAUGGAAGUGAUCAAGUUCCUUUAAGUUUAGGUGCCCUUCAGUUAGAACCAGCAGACCGAGCAGUUUUGAAAAUCGCAGAUGAAAGAGAUGCUGUACAAAAGAAGACAUUCACCAAAUGGGUCAACAAACACCUCCUGAAGUGGUCUCCCCUUCCUGUUGACUACAUGCAGCAUUGGAGAUUUUCGCAGGCGGGUAGACGAGUAAUUGACCUAUUUGAUGAUCUUCGAGAUGGACACAACCUGAUCUCCCUAUUAGAAGUUUUGGCCCAUGAUACACUGCCCAGAGAAAAGGGUCGGAUGAAGUUCCACAAAAUCCAGAACGUACAGAUAGCAUUAGAGUACUUGAGUAAAAAAGGGAUUCGACUGGUUAACAUUCGCUCCGAUGAAAUAGUAGAUGGUAAUCCUAAGCUGACUUUGGGGCUGAUCUGGACCAUUAUUCUCCACUUUCAGAUCUCAGAUGUGGUUGUGUCGGGACAAGAGGAUCUGUCAGCCAAGGAAGCUUUGCUUCUGUGGAGCAGACGAACAGUUGAAGGGUACCCGGGGGUCAAGGUCAAAAACUUUUCCAGUAGUUGGCGAGAUGGACGGGCAUUUCUUUCAAUCAUACAUAGACACAGACCUGACUUGGUGGAUUUUCGGAAGGUACAAAUAAGCACACCAAGGCAGAAUCUGGAACAGGCCUUCAGUAUUGCAGAGACAGAAUUUGGGGUCACAAGAUUGCUAGAUCCGGAAGAUGUUGACGUCCCAGAGCCGGACGAAAAGUCUGUGAUUACCUACAUUUCCUCAUUAUACGAUGUCUUCCCAGAUGUACCCAGUGUAGAAGAAACUCUCAGGGACAAUGAAAGACAAUUGAAGAUAGAUGAAUACAGAGAUUUGGCCUCCUCUUUAAUUUUAUGGCUUCAGCAGACAAUAAUUGCCAUGAAAGAACAGAAACUUCCUGCCACUCUGAUAGAAAUGAAGACUCUGCAGACAGAGUGCAGUAAAUUUAAAAUUGAAGAAGUUCCUCCACGGCUGGAAAUGAAGAAAAGAUUAUUUCUCAUUUAUGACGAAAUUCAGGGUUUUCAAGGGGGAACAGCAUACUUAAACAUACCUGAAGAAAUUCGUCCAGAGAGUAUGAAUAGAUUCUGGGAGAGAUUCAUUCUACAACAACAAGAACGUGACAACUAUAUACAGUCUGAAAUCAUUCGACUGGAGAGACUACAAAGAUUAGCAGAGAAGGUUCACCGGGACUGUAAACAUUGUGAGGACAGUUUGGAGGACAUUGGUCCUCGUAUCCGUGAGGAGCAGACCCGAGUAGAAAAGAUCCACCCACUGGAAGCCAAGCGAAACUGUGAUGCCAUAGACCGAUCUCUUCAGACGGUGGAGGAGACAGCCAGGAGUGCAUUCAGAGACAUACAGAUGCUUCAGGAGGGAAGAUUUGCCACUUCUGAUCAACUCUACAGAAGGGCUUCCUCAAUCCAGUCCCGAGUAUCUGAACUGAGGACUCUUUUGUUUGGAGAGGUAAUCCAGAAACUCAUCAGUAAAUCGUAUGUCGAGGAGAGUUCCACCCUGACCAAGAAGAAGGAAAUCGUCACAGAGAUCCGUUUGAUUGAGACCAAUCCUGUCUUUCAACAUGUGCAGGAGUGUGUAAACUGGAUAGAAAAUAAACAGAAAUCAUUGGAAGAUGCAGAAUGUGGAAGUGACCUUGACACAGUUCAGAGUCUGACUGAGGAACAUGAGCAGCUGCAUCAGGAAGUCCAGGGAUUUCGACGAGAAAUAGAGAGGUGCAUCAUGGAUGGGAAAUCUCUACCUUUAGAAGAGAAAAAACUAUACACUCAAUGGUUGUCAAAAGUGGAAGUAGCAUAUUCCCUGUUAGUUAACACAUCGACCCGUAGACACAAAUGCUUAGAGUCUCUCCAAGACUUCUUACAGUCCGCCACACAGGAACUAGUUUGGCUCAAUGAAAGAGAAGAACUCGAGAUUAGCCGGGAUUGGAGUUCACCAGAUGCUGACAUGGAGCAGACGGACACAGCAUAUAAGGAUUUUUAUGGCUAUGAGGCACUUUCCAAAGAGACAAUUCUGCGUGAGCUGGAGGCGCGGGAAGCCCAGUUUAACUCAGUCCAGGAUCGUGGGUCUGCCAUGGUGUUGGACAGGCACCCAGCAUCAGAAAGCAUUAGGGCGUACAUGGAGGCCAUGCAGUCACAGUGGUCCUGGUUGAUUCAGCUGACAGUUUGUCUAGAGCAACAUGUGAAAUUCAAAUCUCUGUACCACCAGUUCUUCAAGGACUGCAAGGCGUGCGAGGAAGACAUGGACCGGCAACAAGAGAUGCUCUCCUCUCGGUACAGUCAAGAACAUCUGGAUUCAGACGAGGCCAAACAGAGGGUAAAGGAGCUCCAGGAAUUACAAAAACACUUGACUAGUCUACAACACCAUGUGGAGGGCCUCCUACACAGGAGUGGGGAUGUUCCACCCCUCCAACUUAGGUCCUCGAGGGUCCAGAGUCCAGUUAGGGUCCAGUGCCUGUGUACCUACAGACAACCAGAGAUGAUGUUAGAGAAAGGCACAGAUUGUCUUCUGUUAGACAACAGUGACAGUGUCCGGUGGACCAUCCGUAACAGUAGUGGACAGGAGGGCCGGGUUCCAGCGGCCUGUUUCAUCAUUCCACCCCCCAAUCACAACGCCAUCCAGACAGCACAAAGCUUAAAAUCAAAGUUAGAAAAUCUGUUGGGCAAAUGGAAACUUCAGUAUAGAACUAUGAGAUACAACAUGGUGCUCGCAACAAUUCAGAAAGUGAAAUCAUGGGAUCUGAAGCAGUUUAUGCUUUUGGAUCCGUCUCGGAGAGAAGCAUUUUGGAAAACUUUGAAUGAUGACACAAAUUCCCUGAUGCGGGAAGUUGGUGAAUCUGCGCCAGAGAUGAGGAGACUCCGAGAGGAACUUGCCAACUGCAACCAGAUCUUUCUCAGCCUGUCCGCAUCGGCCAUGGAGUAUGAAAUAAGCGAGAAUCAAUCCCCAGAGCAGACGUUACUGCAGGAUCUGGAUUCUCUGAGCCAUGGACUAAAGUCAUGUGAUCAGUCUCAUGUUUCCAUGGAGACAGCUGCUUGGGACAGAGUCUCAAUAAGACAUGCAUUAGAGCAACACAAAGCGUGGGAGAGAAUGUUUCGGACCUAUGAGGGAGAUUUAGAACGGGUCCGUAGAGUGUAUGCCACAAUGCCGAGGAGAAGCCAUACUCUUGAAGUCAAGUAUUCAGAUGUCAUGCAGAAAUGGGACCAAAUGUUAGCUGUUGCAGAAUCCAAUAAUGAGAGAUUAAAAGAAGUGGAUUCUGUGCUGUCUGGUGUGGAGUCCAUGAAGCAAGUUGUAGCUGACUUUGAAAUUGCCUUGGUUUCCCAGGAUACCAUGACCUCUGACCCCUUAAAUCUUCAUCAACUCAGGGAGGAACUACAGGACUUGAACAGAUCCACACAGCAGCACCAGCCAGUGAUAAACACUCUCCAGAAGGAGGUGGUGUCCCUGGCCAGUAGAGAGAGCCACUCCCAGACGCACACACCGUACAACAUCGGUCUACUGGAGGAGGAGGUGACAGCCAUUAAACAGCGCUGGGACAAUGUCUGCAGACAAGUGUCGGAAAGAUUGCAGAGCACAGAGGUUGCAGGAGAUAUGUUGUCUAAAUAUACAACUGGUGUGCGAGGAGAGCAGACAUUUGUUUCAGAGAUGCAGAGGGCAAAGGACAGACAGCCAUCUUUAUCUUUUGAAGUGGAGGAACUAAAAACCUGUAUAGAGCCAACCAUGGCUAUCUACAACAGUCUUGGAGAGGAACAGUAUCAGAUUGAGGCAGUGAACAGAAAUGGAGGACAGUUCAUCCGAGAAGCUAAGAUAUAUGACAGGCGGUUGAAGCAGUACAGGAGUAGUCUGGAAGACAUCGAUGCUGCAUUAAUCCAGGGAGUCAACAAACGAUUUAAACGACAAGACGGAGCAGAAGUCAUCAAAAUAGAACUGGACGAGCUUAACAGACAGUACAUUUCACUUGUUCAGUGGACCAAGGAUAGACUUAGAGAGAUUACUCGCAGGCUCUCAGAAGCCAAUGUGAACAUUCAGUUUCAGAUGGUGAUCGAUGAUGACAUUCCACUACUUAGGACUUUCAGAAGUGAACUAGCCAAACGUUCAUCUAUACUAAUGGAUGAAGAUCUGCAAGGGUUCUUUGAGGAAUUAUCCGAUUAUGAGGGAUAUACAGGCACUCCUGGUCAGUUCUAUGGAGUAACUCCAACACAAUUCACCACAAAAGCCACAGCUUCCACAACAUUCCACAAGUCGGAAGUACCUGAGCCAUUGUCGAGGGUCAAGGUCACAAAAAUGGAGAUCGAACCUGAAAGACCUGUUCAGAAGCCAUUAGAGGUACAUGUGAAGAGCCGGAUGAUUUCUUCAGUCCCAGAGCAGAAGAACAGACUUUCAUUAAAACUGGCAAGCAUGACUGGAGUGAGAGCCCAACAGCCUACACAUGAAAAGAGUUGGAAACCUCCAAAAGUUUCCCAGACUCUUGUGACCGUAAAACAAGAAAAUGUGGUACCUACGUCACAAUUCCUACACAAACCUGGUGUGUUGAAUGUCAAAACAAACACACAGUUGACGUUAAGUGAAGCAAUUAAAACUGGAUUAUUUAAUCCUAAAACUGGGUGUGUUUGUGAUCCAAGAAAUCAAAAGAAAUUAUCAUAUGCAGAAGCGUGUCAGUCUGGAUUUAUCUCAAGAGAACUGAAAGAAGAAUUGGGAAAAUCAUCCGGAAUUCGUAAUGUAUUAACGGGACGUCCAUUCACCAUUUUAGAAUCUAUGCAGAAAGGGCUGUUGGAUCCUGUUCAAGGAACUAUAAGAAAUCAUUCCACAGGUAGACCGCUAGCUGUCCAUGAAGCUGCCGCACAAAAUGUUAUUCCAGUGGAAGUUGCAGAAAGGUUAAUGGGACCUGAAGUUUCAGUGACGACGAUCACGCAGUCACAGGCAAUGUUUGGCGAAGGCAGCUUGGACUCUAUUGAUGUUCCAUUAAGUUUAGCAGAAAUGUUAGAAAAAGGUUUUUAUGACCCAUCAACAGGUAGAUUACAGGAUCCAAUAUCAGGAGCCCAGUUGACCAUCAUUGAUGCAGUUGAAAAAGGAUACGUGAAUCCUUCCAAAAGAGAAAUCAAGGAUGCAGUUAGUAAUGAGUUUGUUACUAUUGUUGAAGCAGUUGGAAAAUCUCUUCUUGAUCCAGAAACUGGACUGUUCAAUGAAAAGUCAGCACUUGCCAAACUUAAGCUUGACGAGGCACAUGAAAGGCAGAUACUUAACAGACCACUCACUCUCGCUAGAAUGGUAAGAGAUGGUAUCCUGAGUGACAGAGGACAGGUGACAAAUCCAAGAACAGGGGAAGUGAUGUCCUUUUCUGAUGCCCUGGACAUUGGAUUGAUAGAUGAACAUAUGAAAUGUGUUGUAAACCCUAAAACAAAUGAUAUUCUAUCAGUGUCUGAAGCUAUUGAACAAGGUUUCCUAGAUUCCAGAGGGUUGUUUGUUCCACCUGGAGCAGCACCAGCCAUUUCAAUAUCUGAAGCUCUGGUUCAGGGUUACUUGAAGCUUGUACAAGAAGAAGUUAUCUUCCCGAAACCAUGUGUAUUAGAUGCAACGACUGGGACCAGAAAAACAGUUCCCAAUGCAUUGAGACAUGGUCUCGUAACAAGUUCAGGAGAGUAUGUGGACACUAGUUCAAAUCGAAGGAUUCCUCUAGGGGCUGCAGGAGGUCAAGGCUUCAUAGACAAAGAUAUGGUAGAGAAACUCACCAAAGACACCUCUCUGAAAGAUGCAGCAAAUAAAGGCAUUUCAUUAAUGCGUGCAAUUCAGAUUGGAAUGGUUGAUGUUGAAAAAGGCCAAAUCUGUGACUUCAAAACGGGAGACAUGUUGAAUUUGCAAGAAGCUGUUAAAGAGGGAUUAAUUUCAAGUGAGGAUGCAGAGUGCUUGAUGGAAGUCCUAAGUUCUGCAGUCACACAUACAACUGUGAUAACCAAAGUCCAAUCUAGUUCUGAAGAGUCCAGUUUUGAACCAAUGACAGUUUCAGAGGCAAAACAGCAAGGUUUGAUUAAUGAAUACACUGGGAACUUUAGGAAUCCAAACACUGGUGUAACAAUGCCAAUUGAUGAAGCUUUGAAGAAAGGAUACCUCAUUCCUGAUAGAGAAGAGAUGAAUGAGUAUAUUGUAGAAGAAGUGGAGGAUGAAAAGCAACUUCAGCCUUUGGAAGAACUGGAUGAAGAAGCAAGGUGGCUUAAAGAAGUGUCACAGAAGCAGGUACAACUUUCACCAGGAACUUCAGCUACCGAAUCAAAAUUGAUCAAGAAAGGAGAUACAGGCUUCUCGUUCACAACCACAACAGUAUCCAGGCCUGCAGUUUCAGAAAGUUUUGUGUCAGAGACGAGACAUAUUGCUGUACAAAGUGCUCUAGAUCCAAGAACAAAAGAGCGAAUAUCUCCUCAAGAAGCUGUUAAACGUGGUCUGCUGGAUAUGCAAAGAGGAUGUUUUACCCACCCAGCAACAGGCAAGAAAUUGACUAUUGUUGAAGCCAUUAGUCAAGGCUUUUUAACAGGAAAAGAUGUGGAUGAGGUCGAUGCCCAAGAAGGAUCUGCCAUAAGUGAAGUUAAGGCAUUUUCCAUCACAGGAGUUAUACACCCUAGGACCAUGCAGAAGAUAACAAUUAGCCAGGCAACAAAAGAAGGAAUCCUGCACUGUGAUAAAGGUCUUUACAUUGGUAGAGAUGCAUUUGGAAGGGAGAAGCCUAUGAGGAUUAGUGAUGCUGUCAGUGCUGGUUUGAUUUUAGCAGAUACACUCACCCAAGAUGCUCCUUCAACAGCAGAACUCAUCAGAGAAACCAAGCAAUUCACAAUAAAAACUGUUGUUCACCCUCAAACACGGAGGCAUGUUCCUGUGAUUGAGGCUGUAAGAGAUGGAAUUAUAGAUGAACACAAUGGAAUCUAUCAUGAUUUCAGAACUGGAGAGAAACUUACAAUCAUUGAGGCCAUGGAGAGAAAAUUAAUUGAAGCAGAGUUGACAUCAGUGACUUCAAAUGCAGAAGGUGGAGGUAACAAGAUAAUCACUACAAAAUUGACAACAUUGAUGGUGUCAUGGGUUGUGGAUCCAAGAACUGGAGAAACCAUUUCCAUUUCAAAAGCUAUAGAAGAAGGAAUCAUUGACCAUCAACAUGGUUGCUAUCAUAAUCUUGUAACUGGUGAAAUAUUAUCCAUGAAUGAUGCCAUCGAGAGGAAACUAGCUAUUGCCAAAUCUUCCACUCAAGAUUCCAGUGAAAGUGGUAGCAUUCACAGCAUUCACAUCACUGACGAACAGGAGUCUUUUGAAGCUACGUUGGUUGAGGAUAUUCAUUCAGAAACUGUGACCUUUAGCAUCAGCAGUGUCAUUGAUCCACAGACAAUGGAGAUGAUUUCCUAUGAUGAUGCUGUGGAAAAUAAUAUCCUUGAUAUUGCUAAGGGAGUCUAUCGUAAUCCAGCCAACGGGGAAGAAAUACCAAUUAAUGAAGCGCUGAACAAAGGCCUUAUUCAUGCAGAUAUCACAGGUAAAAAGAGAGAGGAAGAAUUGAUGAGAAGUGCAUUUGUAGCUGAGAAGAUUGACUUUCCACUGAAAAAUGUCACAUCUGUCAUAGAUCCAAAAACAGGAAUGGAAAUGUCUGCUAUCAGAGCAAUCCAAUUUGGACUGGUUGAUUUGGAGGAUGGUAUGUUCUUGGAUACCAGAACAUGCAAACGUAUUCCUUUGAAGUCUGCCUUGAAACAGGGAUUCAUCACAAUGUCCAAAACAACAGAUCCAGCAGAGAUUGAAAGAUUACAGAAUGAAUCUUCAGAUUCCAUCCAUCCUCCUAAAUUUUCAGAGAAUGGCCUUUCACCAUCAGUAGUUGAUAUGAAGCUGGAAAAAUCUGGUACUCGAGAAAGUAAAACUUCAGUGUCUUCAUAUGCAGAAGAAGUACUGAAUUACACAACAGACAUUGAACAGAGCAUGGAUGCAAGCUUUAAUGAUGAUUCAACAGAUGGGAGGAUCAUGUUUGAUGUUGCUGACAAAUUACACAUGGAAAGAGGUGCCCAAGGCUUUGGUGUUGAAACUCUGACCUUUCCUACAGGAUUCUCAUACACUGAAGCUGUGAAAAUAGGUUUGGUGGACCCAACCUCUGGGAAAGUUCGUGAUCCCUCAUCACAGAAGUUAAUAUCAUUGCAAGAAGCCAUGAUGGCAGGAAUCAUCAACCCCAAGAAACCAGCAUUAGUGUCAAAGACUGGAGAAUAUCAACUCACUCUGCAGGAUUGUAUCAGACAGGGAUAUAUAGAUCCAAAGACAGGAAAGUUGAACUUUAGUAAAUGUAGUGAAGAAGAGAUUGUUGUGAGCCCACAUUUUACCUCACACUUUUCUAAACCCGGCCCACUGAAUUUACUGGAUGCUGUGAGAGCUAAUCUAUUUGAUGAAAUAACAAACACAUUCCUGGAGCCUCUCUCUGGAAACCGAUUAACCCUGCAGGAAGCAGUGAAUAGAAAUGUGAUUGAUGGAAAUCUGGUUACCAUAGAAAACUCAGAGACAGGCAGGAGACUCUCCCUUAAGAUGGCGUUACGUCAGGGAUGGAUUGAUGGCGCCACAGCAAAUGUGAAAGACUUUGCAUCCAAAACCACAAUUCCUCUUACAGAAGCUGUGGAUAGAGGACUGAUUGCAAAUGCCAUUGAUGAAAUGUCUGGUACACUAUAUGAUACCAUAUCUGGAAAAGACAUACCACUAGAAAAAGCACUGACUUCUGGACAAGUGAAAAAGGAUGAUGUCAUGGUGUUGGACAAGGUGACUGGUGAAUUAGUACCACUGGAGACGGCAUUCAGGAAAGGACUUGUUCAGAGGACUUCAGGCAUGGUCUCAGAUACCAAAACUGGAGAGAAGAUGAAACCACAAGAAGCUAUCAAAAUGGGUUUACUUGCAGUUGUUGGUGCCCCUGUACUAGGAGGAAUGGCUUUAUAUGAUGCAGUGAAAGGAAGUCUUUCCCAGCCAGAGGCAGUCAGCACCCCAAAGUCAACAAUGAAGAAACAAAGAAAAUUUUCAGAGAAAGAUGACUAUCCAAAUAUUCAGGAACCCAAAACUAAUGGCCAUACAGAGACACAAACUAAUGGCCAUUUAGAGAGAACAACACAGAAAAUUGAGCAAACACCACUACAAACAACUGUAGUGUUUGCAAAACCAGGAGAUAAUAUUCGACCUUCACAACCAACAUGGACAUCCGAGAAAAAAGAAGAUGAAUCAUUCACCAGAGGCAACUUGGUAAGUGAGGAACAGAUUACUGAAGAUGCACAAGAAAUAUUUAAUAGGAUGAGAGAAAAAGAUACCAAGACAGGAGUUAAAUUGCAUACUAAUCUUACUCCCCUUGCUUCACCUAAAUCUCCAGCUUUCAGCUUUCCACCCCCUGCUUCUGAAAAGGUAAAGGAUUCUGCUUUUCUUCCCUCUGCUUCUAUUUCUGAAACUAUCCUGCAAGAAGCCCCUCCUCCUUCUCCCUCCCCUCCACCUACUAUUCUUUCUUCUCUCACAAUUAAAGACAAUAUCACUGUUGAUUGGCCUGCUGGCAAAGUUAUUGUGAAAGACUCGGGCGAAGUUGUCAAUGUUACUGAAGCUGUUCAGAAAGGAUAUUUGGAUUCUGAAACUGUUGAAAAGUUGGCUGAAGCUGCACUCGUUGAAUCAAAGUCACCUGACAUUGAGAUAAAUUGGAAUGAUGGAACUAUCAUUGUGAAGGAAACAAAAGAGAAAAUAUCCAUCGAAGAAGCACUGAAGCGUAGAUAUAUCAAUUUGCAUAUCCAUGAGACACUGAAAACUGUAAUUGAAAAAUUGGAGGAAAUCAAGAAGACAAACAUUGUAUCACCAAAAGAAACAGUAACAAAAGUGAAAAGAAGUUUUGUGACAGCCCACGCAGAGCAGCCUCAAGUGUCAACAGUCAAAACCGAGCGACAGCAAUUAUUAAAAACAAAUGUUUCAGAGAUUCAUGUUCCACGUGAUGACAGAUGGCAAGAAAAGACCUCAACAAAAGAAACAGCUUAUGUUGUGCACCAUCACCCAAGCUCCCCAGUUCCUCAACAAGAUUUACAGAAAACUACAACAAAGGAAAUGGCUUUUGUUGUUCAGCACCACCCAAGCCCUACCCUUUCACAAUCUCGUGAAACAUCUUUUAGACACGAGAAUUUUUCAGAAGGCCCAUGGUCCUUAAAUGAGCUGGUGCAGGAUGAUAGGUGUACAACAUUUGAUGGAAAGUUUUAUGUCCCACAUUAUAAUGCCCCUAUCACCAUCCAAGAGGCUAUAAAUCACCACUUUCUGAACAUCGAUACGUCAUGCAUCAUUGAUCCGCGAACUGGAGUUGUCAUCAACUUGUGGGAGGCAAUGAAGAAGAAUAUUAUCGAUGCAGAGACUGGAAUCAUUGUCCACACUGGUACAGGAGAGAGAAUAACUCUAAAAGAAGCAGUAUAUGAAGGCCUGAUUCCACAACCAGGCUACAACUACACAUCGUUUAGUGAGGAAGUGGUGGGCAUCACAGGUGGAUCUUUACAUCUCUCUUGGAAAGACGCAGUGGACCAGGGACUACUGAAUCAGGAGAUGAACACCUUCCAGCAUCCCUACACCAAAGAGGUGAUGUCUGUUUCAUCAGCUGUGGAGUAUGGACACAUUUACCACCCAGGAAAAGAGAAAGUUACCAUUGAAACAACAGAAGUUCAGCUGAAACCGAUGAAACUGAGUACCAUUAGCUUAGGCAACAAUAUUUCUUUCACUGAUGCCAUGCAGUAUGGUAUGUUGGAUUUAGAAAGCAACAAAUUCACGGAAACUGACACGGGAACCCAGAUGACUAUUCAAGAAGCUAUUAAAACUGAGAAGAUCAAUCCAUUAGUGGAGACGUCAACAGAAGCUAGGGUGGAGAAUAUGACCCUCACAUAUGCCAUUGAACAUGGGUAUUUCAAUGAGCAAACCGGAGUAUUCACAGACUCAAAGACAGGGCAAACAUACACCUUACAAGAAGCAAUAAACCAUGGAUACAUUGAUGGAGACAGUCAAAUUUAUGAUGUGGAACACAAAAGAUUUAUGACUGUAAAUGAUGGCCUGAGUCACGGACAGAUAGACAAGAAAACUGGGAAACUGAGAUACAAAGAAAUAGAGCAGUACUCUUUGAAAGAUGCAGCUAAGAUGGGGCUGAUUGCCUUUGUAGGAGGGCCAAUUUUGGCAGCUUCUAAGAUUCAAAAAGCCAUGACGGGCAAAAGGACAAAAUCAAAAACUUCACCUGUGAGUUCACCGGAUGGUAAAGAAGAAGUAUUUUUUCAGACAUUCCCACGAGUUUCUAGUCCUCACAUUACUCAUGAUUCCCAGCAUGUUGAACAGCAUGCAUCAAAACAACUAACUCACUAUCCAGAUUCUACUAACAGUCUUCCCUUACCUAGAAAAGAAGUGUCCAUGAAUCUUCAUUCAACUGUGAUAAAUUUCAUAUCACCCGAGACUUUGGAAAUAAUACAGUAUACUCACCAUAAGGAUGGUUCAUGCAGCAAAAGUACAAGUAGGAUGAAAGUGGAUUCAGUCAGAGAUCUUGGAACAGGCAACAACAUACCGCUCCACAUAGCAGUUGAUAGAGGAAUCAUUGAUACUCAUGAGGGAAUUUUUAGAAACACAUUGACUGGGCGCACUUUCAGCAUAUUAGAUGCACAGCAAAGAGGUUACCUUAUGGGGCAUACUGUGAGCAACUGGGCAACAAGAACUGAACCCCAGCAGAAGAGUGUGAAAACUGAUGUGUUGUUUUCAGGCAGGAAAAGCCUCUCUGUGGUGUCUGUACUGGAUACCUUGUCAGGUGAAAGAAUAAGUUUUCAAGAGGCUUUGGAGCGUGGAAUAGUGGACAGAGAUGGUAAAACCUACAUAAACCAGAGAGCAGGGGAAAUGAUGCCCAUUACAGAGGCAGUCUGCAAUGACUUUGUGAUUGUCAGAGAUGUUGAUGUUAGUACAGCUACUGCUAGACAGACGGACUCACUAAUGCAGAAUACCAUUACCCAGUCUCAUUCUUUGAAAGUUGACACAGUGGUGGAUCCAGCCUCGGGAAAUGAAGUACAUCUUCAAUCAGCCAUCAAAUCAGGAGUUUUUGAUCCCAGAGCAGGAGUUGUGAAGAACAAGAGGACAGGGGAAGAAAUCCCCAUCAGUGAAGCUUACCAAAGAGGCUUACUGAAAGGGGAAGCAACCACACGUGAAGACGUUACACAGCCAGUUGAAUUUAAUGAAGACAGUGUACACAUGAAGUCAGUGUUUGACUCGAAGUCUAAACAGUUUAUCCCUGUCAAGCUGGCUUUAGAGAAAGGCAUAAUAGAUGUCCACUCUGGAAGCUACAGACAGGAGGAUGGAAGAAAAAUCUCCAUACCACAAGCUGUGAAAGAAGGUCAGAUUAAAACUGCAAGAGAUAGUAGGGUCCACAGUUUGGGAAGAGUGCGACAGCAUGACAUCAUUGUUGAAAAACCUCACAAAAGUGGGGGGUUUAUGCAGUCAGAUUCCUUUGAUUUUAGAAGGUAUAAGGGAGGCAAUGAAAUUAUUGUGGGGUUAAAGAGAUGUACAGUAAAUUCUGUUUUGGAUACCAAGAAAAGUCAAAGGAUUACUUUGGAGGAAGCUGUAAGGAGAGGCAUUGUCGAUCAUGAGUUGUGCAAGUUCCUUGACCAAAGGACAGGACAGACUCUCGAUAUGUCUGAAGCUGUUGACAAAGGUUUCAUUAUUCUGGAAGGUGCCCCUCAGGUUCCACUCGUGACAUCAACAUUCCAAGAUGUGUACUCUGUGAAGUCAAUCCAAGACCCAGUUACUAAAACAGAUAUUCCCUUAGAAGAAGCAAUUAGAAAGGGGAUAUUCAAGCCUGAAAAAGGACAGGUCUUGAAUAUCAGAACUGGUCAGAUGAUGUCCACUGAGGAAGCCAUUAGUAAGGGAAUCGCAAAAGUUGAUACGUCAAGUAGGACAGCAGAUGAUUCACUGAUUGUUAAAGGUCAGGUACUUGAGAGUGUUAGAGAUCCAAUGUCUGGAAGAAACAUCUCCUGCAGUGAGGCCCUGAGGAAGGGCAUUUUAGAUGUAGAAAGAGAACUGUAUUAUGACCCUAAAACAGGGGUGUCAAUGUCACUAGUUGAUGCAAUGAAAAGUGAUUUAGUUAAAUGCAGAAGUGAAAGAUCCGGUAUCUCUGAUAAGACAACAAAAGACCAGAGACAGGUGAAUAUUGGUCUUGUGUUAGACACAUUGACAGGAUUGGAAAUCCCAAUACAUGAUGCCAUUCAACGUGGAAUUGUAAAUCCAGAAAUGACAGUCUAUACCAACUUGAGAACUGGAGAGACCUUAUCAGUUGAAGAUGCCUUUCAUAAAGGCCUAGUGUCGGGCAGCCUACAGAGAGUCACCACUACAAAGUCUGAAUCUAAGUCAGCUAAGCCCGAUACCAAGUACAGUAUCACAGGGGCUGUGGAUACGUCGACCCAUAGGUUUCUUAGUGUGUCUGAAGCACUCAAGUUAGGGAUUUUGGACAAUCAAGGAAAUUAUUUGGAUCGUAAAACAGGAGAAAUCAGCUCUGUUGCUAGCGCAUUGAGACGUGGUUUAGUGGUUGGAGAGGAUAUUUCAAUAGUAAAGAAAAGUGUGAGAUUCAAAGAUGCUCUUCAUAUGGGAUACAUUCACACUCCAACUGGAAUUUAUACAGACCCCAACACCAAUAAGAUGUACACAGUUGAUGAAGCCAUUUGCAUGGGGCUUUUGUCAGAUGACAAGGGAGAAUCAUACAAAUAUCUUCCACCAAAAUCAGAUGGGUCCUCUUUGACAUUCCAAUCUGCAAUUCAAACCGGAAAAAUCAAUCCAAAAAACGCGAUGUUGGGGGACAGGGCUUCGAGGGAACUUUCUGUUGAGGAAGCCCUAGCCAAACAAGUUCUGUCCCCGUUGUCAAUCCAAACAUUAAAAUCACCAACCAAGGAGGCUAGGAAGAAAACUAGGUUUGCCAAUGGGCAUUCUGAUGAUAGUUCCCAAAGUUCACAUGAGAGAUUCCCAAAGGAGAGAAGCAUUCCUGUGCAAAAGAGCUCCGUUGUUAUUGUCAAAGGAGCAGAAAUUCUACCCAUGUCUGUGGAUGAUUCAGUUUCCUCAGAGAGCGUCAUCCCUGAAGAUGCAUUCCGAGAUAAAGUGAAAGAGAAAUGGAAACCACCACAAAGUGGAAUUACAUCCCCAUCUCCAAUUUACUUAGAGGAUGCCAUUAAACAAGGCUUUGUAGAUAAACGCACUGGAAUCUUUCAUGACAAAUUAAGUGGAGAUAUGUCUGUGGACGAAGCUGUCAUCUGUGGAUUUCUACAGCUCAGUGAUCCAGAACCUGUAGAGGAUGACUGUGUCCCUAACCCUGACCCUCCAAUGUCUAUCUCUGACGCAAUUCAUAAUGGUAAUCUGAACAUGAAAACAGCAGAAUUCACAAACUUUAAAACUGGUUUUGUUCUUCCUAUCCAAACAGCAUUACAGUUGGGUUACAUUCAAGCAAAAAUUAGUCCUGAAUAUGAUGAAAAAUCAGACAAUGAAAAUGAUUCUAUUCAGAGGCUUGUGAUAAGUAAAGAAGGUUCUCUUUUCAAACCUGAGGCAAGUAUUGUGUUUGACAAGGAUGGUAAAGCUAUUUCUAGGACACACACAGAGCUGAUCACAACAUCUGGAUCUGCCACCUAUAGUGUACCUCCCGGCUACAUGGUUGAUUCUUCGGGUCAUGUUGUGGAUCUGAUGUCAGGAGACACCAUGACGAUGGAGCAGGCAGCAUCUGUUGGCUUGGUGGAGGUGGAUUCGGUGGAUGGAUUUUCAGAUAUUCAGGUAGUGGGGACACUCCCUCCCUCCUCCUCCUCGGUGGAUGGUGAUAUUUCCUCCCUUUCAUCCUCAGCACUGCCGUGUGUGGAUGAUCAGACCAGCCGUGACUCCACCAGUGGAACAAGACAGUGCACCACUCAUCCCAUGUCCCUGAUUCAGUCCGUCAAAAGUGAUCUGUUUAAUGCUAAAUCUGGACACUUCCAUGACCCUAGUUCAGGUACUGAAUUCUCUUUAGGGGCUGCCGUUAAGCAUGGUCUUGUCAAUGUAGAUAGAACCCUUGUCAGAACAUCCAAGAACGGAGAAAUAAUGGAUUUCAAUGACGCUGUAAGCAAGGGCUGUGUGGAUACCAAAAGCUGUCUGAUUUUCAAUGACAGUGUUCAAAAAUGGAUUACAUUUAACAAUGCUGUUCAGGAGAAUUUGAUUCUGGAAGUAGGUAUGGAUUCAUUUGGGGAUGCAUUUCUCAAACAACAGAAUUCUCGAAGGAAAUUGUCCUACACCCCGAAAUCUCAGGAUUUUCAUAACCUAGACUUUCUGGAUAAAAAUAGUGGAAAAUAUGUUUCUUUCAGUGAAGCUCAAAAUAUUGGAAUUGUGAAAGUUUUCAGCAUGGAAAAUAAAGUUGGAAAUCAUGUACAUAUCCAGGGAUGUUUUGUAAAAGACAGUGAACCACAGAAAUGGCUGUCAUUUGAUCAUGCUUGUGAUAGAGGUCUGGUACAAAACAAAGGUGCUGGGCCUAAACUAAGUAAACAGACAAAACAUGUCAAAUUCUAUGAUGAGGAGAAAAGAAAAAUGGAAAUGAAAGCCAAAAGUAAAAGGAAACAUUCCAUAGACUUGUGUGCCUCAGCAGAUUUACCAGUAAUGCUUGUGGAUGUGAUAGAAAGUGGACUAUACGAUCCUUCAAAUAACACCGUGAAAGAUGUAGAUACCUCAGAAUCUGUGUCAUUUCUGGAGGCCAUUCAGAGGGGUAUGGUUCACAAGGAUUCUCCCGUCCGCGAUCCAGUCAGCAGAGAUAUUCUGACUCUGGAGGAAGCUAUUGAUAAACGAAUCAUUGAUCCGCUAUCUGGAAGAAUGCUUUUGUCAUCAGGUCUUCCCAUUGCUCUGAAUUUUGCACUGGUCAAAGGACUUAUUGUGAGAUGUAAAGAUCCAUUCUUCCUGACACUAUCUGAAAUCAUAGAUGAGGGACUUUUUGAUGAAUGCACUGGAAUGUUUAUUCAGCCAUAUACAGAGGAGCAGAUAUCUCUGUCUACUGCCGUUGUGACUGGAAUGGUAGAUACAAACUCCAUUAAAGUGAGGAACACUGUCACAGGAGACAUCCACAACUUUGAAUCAGCUAUUGACCACAAUCUUAUUAAUCUCACGUCGGAUGAGUGUGUGGAUUGUAAAAGUGGAGAAUGGGUUCCACUUAUUGAUUGUGUGGAAAAAGGCAUUCUUCUGGACACCACCAACCAGCCAAAGUAUGGGCUGUUGGAAUUUGAGGAAGAGUGUGUGAGUGAAGGAGCGUUUCUGGACCCCUCAUCUCAAUACAACAUGUCACUUCUGGGUGCCAUGGAUGCUUGCAUUUUGGAUCGAGAUGGAGUGCUUGUUCGAGAUUUGAAAACUAAGUUUCUGCUGACUAUGGAUGGAGCUAUUAAUGAAAAUUUGAUAGAUCCUUCAUCUGGAGAAUACAUUUAUACUGAUGGAAGACGAUUACCAUUUAAUGAAGCAGUUAACAGAGGACUUCUUAUUCAAAAUUUGGGAAGCUCAGACCUUAAUCUUGUGGAUGCCAUUCAUGAAGGUGUGUACAAUUGUGAAACUGGUAAAUUCAUGGAUCCAAGAAAUGGAGAACUUUUAGGAAUGAAACAAGCUAUUGGUAACAAAUUGAUUAACUGUAGUGACAUUGUGAUAAAAAGUUCAAGAUAUCAGAAAUUUUUAACUGUUGAAGAAGCAGUAUCCUUGGCAAUCUUGAAAUUACCAACUGGUGAAAUUUAUGAUAAAGAUGACAAUCUUAUUGAUUUGAAAACUGCUCUCAAUCAGGGUUACAUACAGCAAAGGUCUCCUUCUGAACCUGUGACCCUGGCAACUGCUUUGGAAAAAGGAAUGUUUAACAGACAGUUGAAGCAAUUCCUGGACCCUGUAUCCCACAUGUAUUUGUCUCUGACUAAUGCUGUUGAAGUCAGUGUCAUUGAUCCUCAAAGAACAUUGGUGAAAGAUUUGAACUGGGAUAUAUAUAAACCUAUUCAACUGGCUAUUCAGGAGGGCAUUAUUGAUGAUGCAGACUGUUCAAUUCUAGAUUUAAAAUCUGAAACAAAAGUUGAUAUUUCUACAGCACUGUCUCAGAAACUUGUGCUGGAAAUGCCUGCUGAGGGAUUCUGCCUUGUUGAUGCAGUUCAGUUAGGAUUAUUUCAACCAAAUUCUAACUCAUUUUACAACCCAUGGAUAAAUAAAUGUUUAAGUCUGCAGGAUUCUAUAUCUUGGGGACUAAUUGAUGAAAAGCAACCACAGGUUCUUGUAUUUGAUAAAGGGAUUUUGGCUGUUGGAGAUGCUAUGGAGCAAGGCAUAUUGGAUAAACAGACUUGUGUCUACCAGAAACGUUUUACUCUCCCUGAAGCCAUUUCUAAGGGACUUAUAUUCAAGGUUGGUCAAAGAACAGUUCAGUCAAUUAUAUCUGUUGUACAGGACUUACUAAAGGAAACAAAUGCAAAUUCGUCUGCCAGAGCAAGAUAUAUCCUAGAUGCUGAUUCAGAUGCUUUUAAAAGAAGGGGCAUUUCAAAGCCAUUGCUAGGAUUAAAAAGAGCUGUGGAAGAAGGGGUGUUCGAAAAGCACUGCUGCAAAAUGUUUGAUCCAAGGAUUGGAUCAUCCGUGACUCUGUUUGAAGCUGUGAAGACUUCUCUUAUUCACAAGACAAGGUCUCGCAUACUUAACCCUGAGACAAAGAAAUUCAUUUCACUCUCUGAGGCAUUGGAAAGAGGGAUUGUCAGUGGAAAGACUGGUUCCAUUUUAGACAGGGUUCACAUGAAGAGCUAUCCACUGGAGAAAGCUGUAGAAGAAGAAAUGGUUGUGGAUGUACUUUUCUCUAAAGUGACAUUAGAUGAAGCAGUACACUAUGGUUUGCUGAACUUGACUACCCUUCGUGUUCAGAGUUUCUACAGUGAUGACCGCUUCACUCUGACAGAGGCAUUUGAAAAUGAACUUCUGGAUGUCACCAACACUUUGAUCAAGGAACCCUCCAGUGGGGCAGUCAUGACAUUGAACAGAGCAGUAGAAAUGAAGGUGUUUAACUUACAAACAGGAAGGCUGAUAUCAACAGACAGUCAUUCAUACAAUAUUCUGGAGGCUCUACAAAAGGGUUAUAUUCUGAAUGGUAGAAGUUUCUGUGAACAGUUGCCCAUUCGUCCUAACUCAAUCACGUCUACUGCUCCUUUGGAUUUCCAACCAAGGGUCACAGAUUCCAGAAAAAUGAACAGCAAUGAAAAACCACCAAGAAACACAGGAAUCGCCUUCAAGGAUGCUCUCCAGAGAGGUAUUGUGGAUAUUGAGAGAUGCAUGUUCAAUGACAUUUCCAAUUCACAAAACAUUCCACUAACAAAAGCAAUUGAUAUUGGACUUCUAGACAUUUCCUCUCAGUUAUUCCAUGAUGAUUUCACAAAUACAAACAUUCCAUUACAAGAUGCUGUUGAGAAGGACCUUGUCUCCUUGAAUAAUGGGAAAACUUUCCAGAAAAGUUGCAUUACUUUAGAAGAAGCAUUACAGAAGAGGAAGCUCCUAGACUGCUCUGUGCAUGUUGCAGCACCAAACAUUACCAUUGAAAUACACAAUACAGAGAGUGAUCCAGAGCAGGAUCUUUUGGCAAGUUCCAAAAGUCUUUCAUCUUCACUUGAUUCUAUUCUCCAAUCAAUGAAGUCCACUGGUAACAAGUUUCGAAUUGGAACACUCCAUGGUGCUCUGUUAAGAGAUUUAAUGGAUAAGGAGACUGGAAGAGUUACAGACACUGUCACGGGAAAACAACUGUCUUUGAUGGAGUUAGUCCAGAAUAGCUUGAUUGAUGUACAUGCCAAAGAAGUUGUGGAUGAUAGUACAGGUGACAUUUUGACCCUUGAAGAAGCACUAUCAACUGGAAUUAUUGAGGGUGCAAGUGGGACUUACAAAGCAAAAAUGUCACUUACAGAAGCAUUUGAUAAGGGCUUAAUUGUUGCAAGUCAGUCUGCUGACCAGGAAGCUGCAAGCUCUGUUGAAAACUAUGUGCAGGAAAUUUUUCAUGGUGACACAUCCAGAGGAAGGGAUAAGCUACAGAAAGCAUUUUCCUCUGGUGUUCUAAACCAGGCAAAGUCCCAUGUCAUUGACCCAGACACCAUUCAACCAAUCACAUUAAAGAAAGCAGCAAGUUUGGGACUGAUAGACCUAAGCACAGGGGAAUUCAAAAACCCGCAAUCUGGAGAUUCCAUGACUAUUUCUGAUGCAAUGAACAAAGGAUACAUUUUGAGUCCUAGAGGGCUAAGUUUAUACAGUGCUGUUAACCAGGGACUUUAUAAAGGUGAAAGCAGAAAAUUUGUUGACCCUGCCACAGGAAAGGAACACAAUCUCAGAGAAAUGAUUGACAUGGAAAUAGUGACUCCGUUACAUCAAGAAAUUAAAGACCUGUUGCAUGAUGGGAUUAUUGUCACCCUGCAGACAGCUAUAGAUAGAAAAAUUAUUGAAAGUGAUCAGAAUGUGUAUGUGAAUCUGCAAACAGAUCAAGUAUAUGAUUUCAAUGAUGCUAUAGCAGCAGGCCUGGUCAUCAGUAACAGUCCUAGAGAAGGUUUGCGUGAAAGUGAUCAUGCAUUUGCUGAUAUCACCAUGACAAAUGCUAGAAGCCUGGAACACACACGCUUUCGAUACAUGGCUGACACACCAUUCGGUCCCAUUAUGACUCGUUCAUUCACUCUUGGAAACCCGUCGGGAGGUGGGAGUUCAUCGGACCUAUCAACAACAGAUUCUUCCAGCACUGACAAGAAAGACAACCCAGUGUUCACCAUUCCUCUAACUUCAGAAAUGGUUCGCAAUAUCAUUGCCACUGGCAAAUUAAAGAAAGACACUCUGAAACCUAAAGAAACGUCCAGUGAUGUAGCAUUCAGUACUAAUGACAGGGUCAUGGAGGGUGGUAGUCCAGAGAAUUCUGGGAACACAAGUGUUCCUGAGAAUCAUGGGGAAAUUGGUACCCCAGAGAAUCAUGGGAAAUCACCAGACAUGGGAAAGAGAUGGCCAAUGCGAGGCUGGAUACACAAGGGUCAUUUAGUCGAUUCUUGUGAUAAGCUUAUUCAGGACUUGAACAAUGAGCUCAACUGGUUAUCGGACACUGAACAGCUUCUGCGAGAUGAUCAACCAAUCAGUGAUGAGGCUUACAAGGUGGAAAGUCAACUGGAGGCUCAAAGGGCCUUUCACAGCGACAUUCAGAAGCACCAGCAGCCAAUCCUGGCACUGGUGUACCAAACCGAACAACUACUGGAACAUCACCAAGAGGAGUUAACUCCAGAACAGGUGGCGCAACUACAGCAGCUGGCAGACAACCUCAAAUCUAACAUGUCCAAGGUUCAGAAAACCAGUGAAAUUCGUCUAAAACACUUGACAACAGCCUGUGAUGAGGUGACCAAGUUCGAGGAAGAAUUUGCCAAAUUUGACGAAUGGUUGGGACAGUCCUGCAAAGAACUUGACCGACAGGAAGAGCUAAUUCGUGACCUAGACAACUUCAGCCGAGUCAUGGAACAGCAAAAAGAGCUGAUGAAUGCAGUUAUCUCCCAUCAAGCUGACACCAGGUUUAUGACAAUGUCAGUUCAGAAGUAUAUGGAAGAGGCAAAGCUGCAUAAGUUGGAAGUUGAUGCAUUCAAGGCUAACAGGAAGAAGACGUCCCGUUUGAGUUGGAUAGGAAUGGAAGGCAUGGAUGCUGAAUUGGUGGGAAACAAGCAAAGGGCGGAAGUGGCAAGAUAUGAUGAACUAAGUUCUAGGUGUGCUGACUUUGGUGAAAGGCUGGGAAAUCUGAAUACCAAGCAGAGGGAAUUCAAUGACAAUACAUUCAAACUUCUGUCAUGGUUGACAGCAACAGAAGAAAAACUGUCCACAUCUAAACAAGAAUCAAACACUACAGAUCCAGACGUUUUACGAGAACAGUUAGACUUAAUAAAAUCACUCGGAAGUGAUGCUUAUUCACAAGGUGUUCAGUUAGAAGAGUUGGAGAAAUCAGCCAAGGAACUUGUGUCUGACUUGCACAACUUGUGUGUUGUUCCAGCCCAUAUUACAAAAUUCCAAGACAUUAUCCAGGACAUUGAAGGUAGACAUAAAGAGGUAACAAAAGAAAUCAAUGACAGAUCCCACAGUUUGCAGACGGCACUCACCAAGUCCCAGGAUGUUGAGGAUGCCCUUGACAACCUGUUGACAUGGUUGAGAGAUACAGAAUCUGCCCUGGACAGCCAACGGCCUGUUAGUCUCAGCAGGGACAAUCUGCAUGAACAGUAUCAAGAGGUCAAACUAAUCCAAGCAGAUGUUGUUAGUCAUAAGCCUAGCAUCGAGGCCAUGAAACAUGAUGCUCACGAAUUGAUCAAAACCUGUGAAUUAGACAUGGCUAAAUCCUUAGAAUCAAAAUUAGAGGACUUGGAUAUCAGGUUUUCAAAUGUGAACAAGAAGUGUCAAAACAGGAAUAAAGACAUGGAUGAAAUAUCUGAAACUCUUUCAAAUUUCCAAGAAACUAUGGAUAACUGCAAACAGUGGUUAGGUAGAAAUUCUGAGGAUCUGGAAAGCAGAGAAUGGAGCAAGAAAUCUAGUGAAGACACAAAGGAGAGGAUUGAAGAUCUGACCAAACAGAAAAAGAGCAAAGAAAAAGUGGUAGAAGAACUCGCUCAGUUGGGUCAGCUGCUGAUAGAGGAUCCUCGAACAGGGGAGGUCUCUGCAGUGAAAGAAUCCCUUGCAGACCUACAAAGACACUGGACAGAUUUCUUGGAGAUUCUGGAUGAGAGGCAGCAAGAGGCUCAGGAGAAAGAGAAACAAAAGAAUGAGUACUCUGAUAGCAAGAAAGCCAUAGUGGAAUGGCUUACCAGAAUGGAGAACACUGUGGAUGGAUUUGAACCUGUAGCAGUGGAUAUUGAAGUGGCCGAAAAACAGAUCGAGGAACUUGAGCCCCUGCUUGAGGAGUACCAGGAAUAUGGACCAAUGCUGGAGGAAGUCAAUGAUGCAGGCUUUGCCUUUGAUGCCACACAGAGUGAAGGCUCCAGACCUCAGAGUCCCUUCAGAAGAAUGAUGAGAGGAAGGCGAUUCCAGGGCCUGCUGUCACCUCGACUGGGGAGUACCUCUCCAACAUUCCCCUUCCCCUCCUCUCCUACUAACAUUCUGAGUCCGACCAGUGACUCCAGCGGAAUCAGCAGCAAGAAGAGCUCCUUUGACAACUUCCAGCUGGAUGACUUGUCCGAGAUUCAGCAGGAACUGGUUGACAUUAACCAGAGAUAUGACCUCUUGGGUGAACGACUGGCAGACAGACACCAGGAACUGCGAAACAUCGUGGAAAGCAUGAAAAGUUAUCUACAGAACAUGCGUGAACUCCUGACCUGGAUUGACUUAAAGGAACUGGACCUAAACAUACAGGGAGGACUUCCCACCAGUGAAAGAGAGGCAAAGAAGCAGCUCAAGGAGCACCAGGAAUUCCAUGCAGAGCUUCUUGGUAAGGAGAACAUAGUUGCUGACAUUAGAACUAAAGGACAAGAUCUACUGAAAACUAAACAGGGCGUGCCUGGACUGGACAUCUGCCAGCAACAGCUUGCAGACCUAGAUAAUAAAUGGCUGGAUAUUAAAGUCCUGUCGGAACAAAGAAGGAGGUCCCUGGAGGAAAUGGUCAAGAACAUUUCAGCCUUUAAAGAUGCAGGAGUUCACCUCCAGAAGUGGAUAGCUCAGAAGGAGAAGAUGAUGGCUGUGCUGGGACCUAUCUCUACAGGAAAAGAAAUGAACCAGAACCAAGUGGAACAGGUCAAGUUACUGACAGAGGAAUUCAAGGGCCAAGCACCUCUGUAUGAAAAAUUCAUCCAGUCCGGCCACACCAUACUGGAUCUGUGUGAUGCUGACUCCAAGGACGCCAGUCACAUCAGCGAGAAAAUGGAAGUCAUCAGCAAAGACUGGAGCCGUCUGGAGGGUCGUCUGCAGGAGAGAGGCAAGGCCUUGAAAUCUGUGGAGGCACUCAGUCUGGAAUUCAAUGACAUCAUGAAGACGGUUCAAGACUGGGUGGAUGAUUUCUCAGACAGGGUUGGAAAUAUCACCCCAGGGACGUUGUCUCCCGAGGAGAAUGAGGCUUAUUUACAGGAACUCGAGGCAUUGGAGUCAGACUUGAACAAACAGAAGCUUUUAGCACAGAAAACCAAAGAUCUUCACAAAAAAUUGUGUGAUGCGAUAAAGGACCCCAGUACAAAGGCAGAACUGAAACAGAAAAUAGCUAAUCUGGAGAAACAGCUUGGUGAUGCAGAAAAGCAGAUUGGUGGAAAGAGGUCAGCUGUAGUCAAAGCAAGUUCUGAGGGCCAGGAGCUGACUGCUAAUUGUCAUGACAUGCUUGACUGGUUAUCCGAUACCCGGAGUCGACUGGAUCACCAGCAGCCUGUGUCUGGAAAUCUGGAUAUUCUCACAGAACAGGCACAGCAUCAAAGGAUCUUGUUCAAAGAUUUACUUGACCACGAGGCAGAAAUCAGAGACCUACUCAAAAGAUGUAAUAGUACAUUACAGUCAAUACCGCCCUCCAAGGAAAAGCAGGACCUAGAGGACACAGCAGAGGAAAUUCAGACUGAAUUUGAUGUUCUUAAACAACGUGCAGUAGAGCGUGACCAUAAGCUUGAGGCUAGCAUGAAGCAUGCUCAGUGUUUCCAGGACAUGCUUGAUAAGCAGAUGCUGUGGUUACAGUUCAGUGAGGAUAAACUGGAAGGGUUCCACCCGACUGAACUUCAGAGAGAUGUUAUUGCUAAGAAACUGGGUGAUGCCCAGAGCUUGAAGUCAGAGGUUGCUGAACAUGCUCCUGAACUAGAGAAAACACAGCGUGAAGGUGAGUCUCUUGCUGCCCUUGUUGAACAAGAUGGUGACAUUGCCAAGGAUGCCAUCCAAACAGUUUUGGGAAAAUGGCGAUCGCUGGACAAAGGGGUGACUGACAGGGUGAGGAGCUUGGAAGAUCUCAUUCAAAAGCUGGAUGAUUUCCAGUACAACUUCAAGGACUAUGACACCAAUCUGACCAAAUGCGAAGACAAACUGACAUCCCAUAACAAGAUGGGACCCUCAGCAAAGGACCCCAAACAUGUAGAUACAAUCAAGGCCUUACAAGAUGAUGUGGAUGGACUUCAACCACAGAUGGAUUACUUGGAAGCGGUGAUUGAAGAUCUGACUAACACAGGACUAGGUACUGGAGAGCUGGAGAGACACCUUGAGGAUCAGAAACACAAGCAGGGGAAUCUGCAGAAAGACAUUGCAGAGCUCCUCACUGAGCUUGAUGAAGGAACCGCUGUGGUGAAUGAGUUCCAGGGUGAAUUGUCAGCAGUUGGAGCAACUCUGUCUACUUAUGAAGGAGACUUGAACUCCAUUGGACCAGUGAAGAGAGAUGAGAAUGGGCUCCAGACUCAACUCAGAGAAGCGGAAGAGUUUUUGUCCAAACUAAUUUCACUGGAAGACAGAGUGACAGAUGCUGAAGAAAAAGGAAAGAACUUAGAAUCCUCAGGCUACACAACUGAUCCUCAGCUGAUCGAGGCACCUGUUGAUGCGCUGAAGACUCAACUUGGAAACCUUAAAUCCAAGGCUGAGGCCUGCAAACAAGACAUUGAGCAGAUGCUUGAAUCACUGGACUGUGCCACGGACAAUCUCCGGCGAACCAGAACCAGUAUUGACAGGGCAUCAGAUGAACUUGACAUGCAUGAACCUAUAGGAACUGACGUUGCUGCCAUCAAACGACAGCAGGAUGAACUCCAGAUGUUUGAAAGUUCUGUUUUGGAGCCCCUACAGAAGAGGGUGGAAGCAGGAAGCUCAUUGGCUGAGAACUUGAUACAGACUGCUGCACCAGGGGUCAGCACUGAACAAUUAGAGGCGGAGCUAGAGAGUCUGAAUGACAAAUGGACCAACCUCAAGAAGAAGGUGUCAGAAAGGAAGCACAACCUGGACAACAGUCUGAUGCAGGCAGGUAAAUUUCAUGAUGCGCUGGAUCACCUGCUGGUCUGGCUGAAGGAAACAGAGGAAACCAUAGCCAAUCAGAAACCGCCAUCACCAGACUACAAGAUCGUCAAAUCACAGCUACAGGAACAAAAGUUUUUGAUGACGAUACUGGAAGACAGAAGUCCCAGUGUCAAGUCAGCAAAGAAUGCUGCUGAAUCUCUGAUGAGAGGACUGAGCCCCCAGGAGCAGAAAGGAAUACAGAACCAGGUGGCUCAGCUGGACCGCCGCUGGGAAGCCGUCUGCUCCACAUCUCGGGACAGACUGGAUGUACUGGAGGAAAUGCUGAGUCUGACAAAAGACUUCCAAGAUCUGCAUGAACCAUUGACAGCCUGGUUGGAGUCUGCCGAGAAAAAGUUUGCCUCUUUAGAGCCAUCAGCCAUGGACACACAGGGAAUUGAGAACAUUAUCACUGCACUCAAGGACAUGGAGAUGGAUGUUCAGUCAAAGACCGACCAAGUGAAAGAUCUAGCACUUAGAGGAAAAGAUCUCCAAGAUUUCUGUAAAGGCAAUGACGUGAAAGCUGUGCAGAAGAAAAUUGACUCAGUGCAGGCAAGAUUUACAGAACUGAGAGAGAAAGUGAUCGAUUCCACAGAACAAAUGGAGGAAGCACUACCACUCGCCAAAAACUUCAAUGAGGCCCAUGCAGAGUUCUUAGACUGGGUCUUGAAAACUGAAGCUCAGCUCCGCACCAAAGAGGCCACUGGUCAGGAGGCUGAGGACCAAGUGCAGAAAUUUAUGGAGAAGCUGCAGGAUGUACAGCCAGUUCUUGAGAUUCUGAGGGAAGACGGGGGUAACCUGGCUGAUCUGGCCCCAGGGGAUGCUGGACUGAAGGUGGAAGAGACCAUGAAAAAGGAUCUCCAGCGUUAUGACACUGUCAGUGACCAAAUUCAACGCAGGUCACAGAAAGUCUCCAAAUCCAAGCAAAGGUCAUCUGAGAUCGUUAGUAAUAUUGCUGAUCUGCUGGACUGGUUUGGAGAUAAGGAGAAGACUCUAAGGAAUUCUCCACCCAUCAGCACGGAGCUCGACACUCUGGACAAACAGCUUACUGAUGUCAAGGGAUUGAAUGAGGAAAUUACUGAACAGAAGGGAAAAGCAAGAGACUUGAUUACUAGGGGGAAGAAAAUGAUGAGGGAGAGUUCAUUGGAGGAUGACCCCAGACUGCGUGAAGCAGUGGAGGAUCUUAAAAAUAAAUCUGACUUAGUGUGGAAAAUGGGCCAGGAGAAACAAAGGACACUAGAACAAGCUCACCCAUUGGCUAAACAUUUCUGGGAGACAAACAAGGAUCUAUCUGAUUGGUUAGAAGAGGCUGCUGUUGUCGUGGCAGACUUAAAAGUUAUGUCCAUUGAUGCAGAACAGGUCAAAAAGCAACAAGAGCAAGUCAAGGUUCUGAAGCAAGAAGUUCAGGACCACAAGCCGGAUGUCGACCGAUUGAACAAAACAGGAAGUGCUCUCAUUAAGAUCUGUGGAGAGCAGGAGAGCUGUCAGGUCAGGAAGAUCAUGGACAAUCAAAACGCCAAAAUGGAAGAUGUUAAAAACUACCUCAAGGACAGGUCACUGUCCAUAGAUGAAGCUCUCCAACAGUCGGCUGAAUUUACCGACAAGCUGGAGGACAUUUUGGAUACCCUAACAGCCACACAUGAGAUGGUGGAGAAUGCAGAAGCAAUAUCUGCCCAUCCGGACAGAAUCAAAGACCAACUGGCUGAAGUCAAGGCCUUCAUGGAGGAUGUGGAUUCCAGACAGUCGGCUCUGGCCUCAAUAAAGAACAAGGCAGAGGAGCUGAUCAAACAGGCUGGAGACAAGGAGGACACUGCAGUGCAAGAUGUGAAGACGAAGUUGUCGGAGCUGGUUGGGCUAUAUGACAACAUCUGUCAGCUGUCUACGUCCCGCAGUAAGGACUUGGAGGAUACGUUAGAAGUGUCUGAAAAGUUCUGGGAGGACUACAACAGCCUGUGUAACACUGUCAAAGAUCUACAGGAUCAGAUCACCUCUCAGGAGCUGCCCGCCCUGGAACCUGCCAUCAUCAGGGAACAGCAGGACUUCCUAGAGAAUCUCAAGGAGGAGAUUGAGGCCACCCAGGUUGAUUUAGAUGACUUCAAUAUAACCGGAGAACAGUUGAUGACAAUGGUCGGUGACCCAGAACGACCUGAGGUUCAGAAGAACAUGGAAGAUGUCAGUUCUCAGGUUGGCAUGGUGACAGAGAAGUACGAGCAGAGAGCCAGGACUUUGGAAGCAGCCUUGGAGAAGGCUGUUCACUUCCAGGAUGAACUCAUGAAAAUCCUGGUGUGGCUUCAGAAGCGAGAGGUGCGUCUCAGAGAGUUUACCCCUGUGGGUUCUGAUUUUGACACCAUCAAAGUGCAGUGGAACCAAGUCAAGGAACUGAAAUCAGAAGUAGAGCCCAAGCAAGUAGACAUAGAAUCACUCAACCAGAAAGGUCAGGAAAUGACCAAGGAUGCACAGCCGACUGACCAGAUAGUGGUGAAGGAACCUUUGUCUUCUGUCAACAGGAGAUGGGAUAACUUACUGGAGGGAAUUGGUGAAAGACAGCGUAAUCUACAAAUGGCCAUGCUUAAUGUGGGACAAUUUGAGCAUGCUUUGAAUGAGCUUUUAGCAUGGCUGGAUAAAACCGACGAGACCCUGGAUGAUAUCUCUACAUCAUAUGGAGAUCCUAAAAAAAUUGAAAUUGAAUUGGCCAAACUGAAGAUUGUUCAAAACGAUGUGGAUGCUCACCGUGACAGUGUGGACUCUGUGAAGGAGGCGGGAAAACGAGUGCUGGCAACGGAGCAUGGAGGUGACACGCCAAUUAAACGGAAGUUGGGAGAAGUCAAUGAACUGUGGGAGAAAGUACAGCAGAAAUCUGCCAGCAAAUUCAAAACAGUGAAAGAUGCACUUAAGGAGGCCAAGUCCUUCACCGGAGAGUUACAGGAUCUGUUGUUGUAUCUUGCCGAUUUGGAGGGAAACCUCAUUUCAUCCACUCAGAUUGGUGGGCUACCAGAGACUGCGAAGGAACAGCUUGAGAGGUUCAUGAACCUGUAUGAGGAGCUGAAUCAGACAGAUCCAAAAAUCAAGAAGACUGUAGCAGACGGCGAAAGUCUGAUCAGUAAAGGCAAGGAUGCCUCCUCCAACCUCAUCAAACAAAACUCAGAACUGCUUCAGCAGAGAUGGAAGAACAUUCAAAUGAGAGCUGCAGACAAAAAGAAAAAGUUAGAGGAUGCUUUACAACAAGCUGACAAUUUCCAUGUGGACCUGAACAGCUUCAUUCAAUGGCUGACAGAGACAGAGAAGACACUGAACAAUUUACAACCUGUUAGUCGUUUGUUAGAACACGUCACACAACAGAUAGAGGACCAAAAGAUUCUACAGAAAGACAUUAGUCAGAAUAGAGAGAGGAUGAUAGCAUUAGACAAGACUGGUACCCACCUGAAAUAUUUCAGUCAGAAGCAGGACGGCAUUCUCAUCAGGAACCUCCUGUCCAGCAUCCAGCAUCGCUGGGAAAAAAUUGUCUCCCGUAGUGCUGAGCGCACCAGACAUCUAGAGAGGGGCUACAAAGAGGCCAAGCAGUUCUUUGUGAUGUGGAAAGAUAUGAUGGAGUGGAUGCAGCAGGCCGAAACUGUGCUGGACUCGGACACUUCCGUCAGUAAUGACCACACGACUAUCAAGACACAGAUCAUUAAACACAGGGAAUUCCAGAGGAGUUUAGGUGCUAAACAACCCAUGUAUGACAGUGUUAACAGAAUGGGACGCUCCAUGAAGGACAAGAGCCCCGAACCAGACCGAACGGAGAUUGACAAGAAACUGGGUACUCUGAAGUCCAAAUGGAACUCUCUCUGUGCUAAGUCAGUGGACAGACAGCGCAAGCUGGAAGAGGCCCUUUUGUUUGCUGGUCAGUUCUCUGAGGCUCUACAGGCUUUGCUGGACUGGCUAGCCAAAGUUGAACCCACCUUGGGAGAGGACCAGCCUGUAUAUGGAGACAUCUUUACAAUCAACAACCUCAUGGAAAUUCAUAAGGCAUUCCAGCUUGAAUUGGGAGCUCGGUCCAACACUGUGACUUUUGUCAGGAAGAGAGCGAAGGAAAUGCUGGAGAAAUCCGAGCAUGACAUGACACAGCAACAAGCUGAGCUUAUAGAACUCAGCACGAUGUGGGACAGAGUGUGCAAGCUGAGUGUGAACAAGCAGGAGAAGCUGGAACAAGCUCACAAGCUGGCUGAAGACUUCCACCAGAAGGGUCAGGCCUUGUUGGAUUGGCUGUCGUCUGCUGAGAGACAGCUGAGAUACCGAGGCGCCCUCCCUGAGGAGGAGCUACCACUCCUCAAACAGAUCGAGGAGCACAAGAAAUUUGAGGAAGACUUGAUGAGACAGGAGGCUAAGUUGAGAGAGACCCUCAGCAUCGGGCAGGAUAUUCUAAAGAGAUGUCACCCAGACGCUCUAACCACUUUGAAGCACUGGCUGUCUGUUCUGAGAGCUCGCUGGGAAGAGGUGACUGCUAUGUGUAAACAGCGUGGCAUCAAAUUAGCAGAAGGUCUUCAGAUAAUGAGACGCAACAACGCGAUUUUAGACGACCUGCUGGCCUGGCUGAAUUCUGCAGAAGGCACACUGAUGGGUCUGGAUCAGGAACCGAUUCCAGGUGACAUCCAGGUCAUUAUGGAUCUCCUUAAAGACCAUCAGGAUUUCCAAAAUGAUAUGUCCUCAAAACAACCUGAUGUGGACAAACUGACCAAAGGUGAUCGUAGAAGAGGGACGUCAGUAUCGGAGCCUGUGUCUCAGAUCCCAGUGUUAAAAUCCUCACUGUCGGGGAGACACACCCCCAUCAGGACUCCAAGAAAAGACCCUAGUGGAAGGAAAACCCCCGAGCCUGUGUUCAGGAACCCCAGAGUGGGGGCCCUCUUCAUGAAAUGGAGGACUGUAUGGCUGAUAGCCAUGGACCGAAACAGGAAACUUCAAGAUGCCCUUGACUACCUAAAAGAGGUUGAGAGACUGAAGAACUUUAAAUUUGAUGACUGGAGAAGGCGGUACCUCCAGUUUAUGAGACAUAAUAAAUCACGAAUCAUGGACAUGUUCCGCCGUCAGGACCGAGACCGGGAUGGCAGGGUCACCAGGAAGGAAUUCAUUGACGGCAUCACUGCCACCAAAUUCCCCACAAGUCAGCUAGAGAUGGAGACGGUUGCCAACAUGUUUGACAGAGAUGGCUGUGGUUUCAUCGACUACAAGGACUUUGUCAAUGCCCUCAAGCCAGACAGGGAGCCACAGAAACCCAUCACAGACUCUGAGAAAAUUACAGACGAGGUCAAAAACCAGGUGUCCAAAUGUACCUGUGUCAAACAGUUCAAGAUCCACAAGAUUGGAGAAGGGAAAUAUAGGUUUGGAGACUCCCAGAAGCUGCGCCUGGUGAGAAUUCUACGCAGUACUGUGAUGGUGAGAGUAGGUGGUGGAUGGGUGGCCCUAGAUGAGUUCCUAGUCAAGAACGACCCCUGUCGAGAUUUAAGUAAACAUUUUGAGACGUGCCCAGCAUCUAAGGGCCGGACUAAUGUAGAGCUGAGAGAGCAGUUCAUUCUUGCCCAGGGUGUUAGUCAGUCCAUGAGUCCAUUCAUAUCCAAGAGUCCGAGCGGCAGUUCCCACUCCGGAAGUUCCUCCUACUCAGGAGCUUCCUGGAGCACGCGCUCGCCAAGCUCUGCCACUGGACCCAUCACAAAGAUCCGAGAAAGAACAGCUCAUGCCACACCAUGGCGACAGAACAGUGCCCGGGCAACCCCUGGUCCUGACGGUGAGGUCAGACAGAUUAUGACCAAUGUGGACAGUACACCCAAAAGACCUCGAUACAUCACUUCCCCUCGAAAUGUUUUCAGCCCAGCUGUUCCUGGAAGUGGUCGAUCAAGUCGAGCCAGUACCGGAGGCGGCAGCCGUCCCCCAAGCCGAGCUGACAGUGAAUGUUCAGAAGUCAGUGAACCAGAGAUGUACACGACAGUUCAACACGAAAGUAAAUCCUCUGGUGGACGAAAUCAAAUUGAAGUAACUUACCAAACUCAUGUUGUAAAAACAAGAACAGUAGGAGCUCCUUCUCCAACCGUGAAGGGCUCCAAAAUACCCAAACCCUCAUCUUCACGUAAAAAGUGACCGUGAGUGUUGUGUGAUUUACUGAAGCAUUCCUCUCCUGUGUUAAACAUUACACGACAAUCGGCGAUACUCACGAUAAUCAAACAGUGGAUUUCAUAUGCUUACUGUUCAGCGUUGCAUAUAAAUUAAAUUUAAUAUGGUGCUGUGCUUUAAAUCGAUGUUAAAUUCUAUGAAAAGCUUUAAAAUCGAACUUCAAUGUAGAACAGAAUUUAUCAUGCAACUAAAGCAUUUUGUGUUUUUGGUAGUUCUGUGUGUCAACGAUGCAAAAAAUUUGUUUUCUAUGAAUGUUACAUGUAUUUUGAAUAUCUGUGUCUGCCUUUUACACUAGCAGUGUGCAUUUAUAUGUAUAUAUGUGGUUGUUGAUUCAACUUUUUCAUGUUGUUCAAUUUCAUAUAGGUUUAUGUUUUUUUUUUCUAAUUUUACACGCACAUCAGAGCUGUUACUUUCUGUUUUGUUAUUAUCUACUUAAAGAAUUUUUAUACUUCUAAUGUGUUGCCAUAGGUUUUGUGGUUCUGUGAUUCCCUUACUGAUCAAGCAACACAUAUCAUUUUUGAGACUUUUUGUACUGGUUAUUGUGGUAAAUAUGUGUUGAUAUUUUUCACUUAAAUAAGAACAAUAAGAAUUGUAUUUCUGUUGCAAAUUGUUUUUAUGUAAUGGUUGAUUGCCAAGGAAUGCUGAAACAAAAAUACUAAACCCGAGGUUGGGGUGGAUCGUCUUGCAAGUUUUCUAAUUAUGAUAUUUACGUAUGGUGAUGAUAUUCUUAUGAUUAUUUUUGUAAAGCAAUAUUUGGAACUAAGAGUGUUGUUUUGAUUAUAUAUGAUUUAUUUAGUUUUGAAAAUCAGAAAAGUAGCUACAUGUAUUUAGUUUUGAUUCAAUUGCACCAUGGCAGUGCUGCUUUGAAAACAGUGCUGGCAAGAGAGAGAUUGAUUUCAAUUCCCCACAUACUGCAUUCAUUGAUACACAUGCAUGCCAUUGUAUUCCAAUGAUCACUGCUUUUGUCAAUUAUAAUCAUCUAUUUAUUAGCGAAUUGUGAUACAGCUCUAUUUUAUUAUGUAUGCAGUCGCAAUUUGCAAUUUCAUUUGUGUUUAAUCAUACGGUGUGUAUUCAUCAUGAUUAUAAGAUGUUUCAUCAGCUAUGAGGGGGGGUCAUAUCAAACUUUUGAACAAAGAUAAUGAUUACUCCAAUUAUAAAACUUUAGUAUUAUUCUAUGCUAAUUCAAAACUUACAAGGGAUGGGGAAAUAUAUGUACAUGUAUGUACUCUGUGUAUUUUGAAGUAACCUGUGAUUUGAAUGAAAAAGAAAAUUAUCAGUGAUUCAGGUCUGCAGAAUUCAUUCAUUAGCAAGACUACACUCUACAAUGCUAUGAAACAGGUUAGAUGUAUACAAGGUGUUGCUUAAAUGCAAGUAUUUUCAAUAAAAACAUAUAGAAUCUCA